AUGGCCGACUCGUCACCGACUGUGGCCUCGCCGCCCCGACGAAAUAGCCAGCAGGCGAACACUCCUCAAUCAACGACGUCAACUAAUGACAAUCGCGAUGGGGCGUUGGUACUACACGCCAGUUCCUCAGCCACAGCUUGGUGGUCACGAUUUCGAUAUCCAGUCAUUACCGCUGGGAUCGUGCUCUUACUGAGCCCAUUUACCUUCUUAUGGCCUGGCCAAGAGUCAAUUGAUCCCACGAAUUAUGCAGAGCGUACCAGGCGAAUCCUCAAGACGACGCCUUUAAUUGACGGCCAUAAUGAUCUACCAUUCAUGCUCCGCCUUGAACUCAAGAACCGCAUCUACGAUGAACGUUUCGACUUUACUAAUCGAUUGCUGGGCCAUACAGAUUUACAGCGGCUGAGGCAAGGCAUGGUCGGAGGUCAAUUCUGGAGCGUCUAUGUAGACUGCGACGAACAGCAAAAGCACUUUGAGGAUCCUUCUUGGAUCGUUCGAGACACGCUUGAACAAAUUGAUGUGACUCGGCGCUUCAUCCGAGAGCACCCCAAAGACCUGGAGUAUUGCGAUACGGCGGCCUGCGCUAGAAAGGCCUUCAAAUCAGGCCGCAUCGCAAGCAUGAUUGGCAUUGAAGGUGGCCACCAGGUUGGUGGCAGCAUUGCAAGCCUUCGGCAGAUGUACGAACUGGGAGCACGGUACAUGACUAUUACCCACAACUGUGACAAUGCAUUCGCAAUGGCAGCUUCGACUGUUGCCUCUGGAACUGCGGACACGGGACUUGCAAAGCUUGGAAAGGUAGCUAUCAGAGAGAUGAAUAGGUUGGGAAUGAUGGUUGAUCUAUCACACGUUUCUCAUCAGACAAUGAGGGAUGUUCUCAGUAUUGCUCGAGUGCCGGUGAUCUUCUCGCAUUCUGGAGCAUACGCUAUUGAGCCGCAUCUUCGAAAUGUCCCCGACGAUGUUCUUCGACAGGUCAAGCACAACGGCGGCAUAGUUAUGGCCGUGUUCCUCAACCGCUUCCUCAACAUGAAGCAUCCUGAACAAGCAUCAAUACACGAUGUGGCUGAUCAUAUCUUCCACAUCGCAGAAGUAUGUGGCUGGACUUGCGUUGGAAUCGGUGCGGAUUUCUUUGGCAUGUCAAACGUGCCUAUUGGGCUAGAGGAUGUUUCCAAGUAUCCCAGCUUGAUGGAGGUGCUCAUGCAGCGAGGUGCAACAGAUGAGCAGAUCCGUCUGCUCACAGGAGAAAACAUUCUCCGAGUUUGGGGGAAUAUUGAAAAGAGUGCUAAAGCAAUCCAGGCUACUGGUGAGAAACCCGUCGAAGAGGAAUAUGAAGGACGAGAGUGGCAUAAGGGAUUUUCAACUGAUCCCUACAUGCUGAGGGGAGGCCUUGAGGAGGCCUUGAGGAAUGGGGCCAAGAUCGAGGAAGACGUUUUCGAUUUAGAUGCCGAAGGAAGACCUAAAAUUCUGUCUACUUAG